AUGAUUAUGGGAGGAGCUGAUUCUUGGGAGUGGUAUGUGUCUCCUAACGCUGAUAUUAAGAAGUUCAUGCCAUUAUGUAAUAUUACUCCAGUACUAUACAAGAAAGUUAUAUAUUGCGUAGAUAAUAAUGGAACUUUAGGGGCUUUUGAUCCAACUUGUGACGAUAACCCUUGGAGUGUUCUCACAAAUCCCAGCAAACAGUUUGACGAUGAUAUGCAUCCCGGUUUCUUGGUGGAGUGUGGAAAAGAUCUAUUAUUAGUGAAACUAGGACAUGUUGGCAAGCUGGUUAGGAUUUUGAGAUUGGAUUUAUCCGAGAUGAAAUGGGUUAAAGUUGAAACUUUGGGGAAACGCAUGUUGUUCAUCAGCUCAACCACAUGUGUAUCAGCAGUAGCUCCAAAUCGUGAUAUGGAAAACAAAAUUUAUUUCCCCAGAUUGUGUCUGAAUGGAGAAGGGAUAUUAGUCUAUUCACUUGAAACAUGUAGUUAUCACUCAUCUGGGGGGAAGCAGCAGCUUCCUGUUAACAAUUUUUACGAGACAGAGGGAUGGCUUUCUAACUGCACAUGGAUUCAACCGAAUUGGUCCAAGUCCACACCACAAGAGCUCGACUGGUUCAAGCCUCAAAAAGUACCCGGAUGA